UGGGCGGCGGGGUGCAGCGCGGCCGGGUGGGGGGACCCCGGCGGGCGGGUCGGAGUCCGAGAGCGAGGUGGCAGGGGGAGCCGCGGCCGCGGUGGCGUUGGAGGGGGCGGCCCCGCGUCCGUGUCACGUGGUACGAGGCGGGCAGCCAUCUUGCUACAAACACAAACAGAGAGGAGCGGCCGCCGCGGGAGCGCCAGCGCCCGCCAGUCCCCCUCCCCCCCUUGCCGCCGCCGCCGCCGUCCCGGUCCCGCCGCGCGCCACCCGCCCGUCACCGCCAGCACCGCGCCCGGGUCGCCAACGCCCGGGGGGACCGGGAACCUCGCGCCCCCGACUCCUGGCAUCCUGCACCGGAUGGGGACUGCAGAGGCACACUGGUCCAGCCUCCUGCCCAGUCAGUGAUAGGAACCCACGCACACCCCUGGACACUGCCUGCCCUUCUUCCUCUACUCUGCCCUUCCUAGAUGAACCCACUUCCAAGAGUCUCCUGCCCAGGCUCCUAGAGGAACCUGCCCCUGUUGCCCCUGCUGCUCACCAGCCUCAGAGAUUGGACUUGCCUCUUCCCAUAUGGAUCUUUCCCAGAUGUGAAAGUUCCUCCCUGGCACUACUGAAGCUAUAGACCGUAGCUAGUUGCUUGGGAACUCUGGGUCAGCUCAGCCCAGGCCCUGCCAGAACAGAGAGAGCCCUUGUCUUCCCUGCUUCUCAGGGCAGGACUGUCAGGACUCUCCCCUACCCUGACUGGCUUCCGUUAACUCAUGGUGUGCGUGGUCUCGUGUCUGGUUUAGGUAUUUGAACAGUACACACUUGGUCCUCCUUUCUCUGCUCAUUCUUGACCUUUGAAAAGCAUCUCUGCUCCACGAUGGCAGCGGAGACACUCAACUUUGGACCUGAGUGGCUGAGGGCUCUUUCGAGUGGUGGCAGUGUGACCUCUCCACCCCCAUCUCCUGCUAUGCCCAAAUACAAGCUAGCAGAUUACCGCUAUGGGCGAGAGGAGAUGCUGGCCCUCUAUGUCAAGGAAAACAAGGUCCCCGAGGAACUGCAGGACAAGGAGUUCGCCGCAGUGUUGCAGGAGGAACCACUGCAACCUCUGGCUCUGGAGCCUCUGACUGAGGAGGAGCAGAGAAACUUCUCCCUGUCAGUGAACAGUGUGGCUGUACUGAGGCUGAUGGGGAAAGGGGCUGGGCCCCCUUUGGCUGCCACCUCCCGUGGCAGGGGCAGCACACGGAGCCGAGGCCGUGGCCGUGGUGACAGCUGCUUUUACCAAAGAAGCAUUGAGGAAGGGGAUGGAGCCUUUGGACGCAAUCCCCGGGAGAUCCAGCGAAGCCAGAGCUGGGAUGACAGAGGUGAGAGGCGGUUUGAGAAGUCUGCAAGGCGGGAUGGAGCACGAUCUGGGUUUGAGGAGGGAGGGGCUGGCCCAAGGAAGGAGCAUGCACGCUCGGACAGUGAGAAUUGGCGCUCAUUGCGAGAAGAGCAGGAGGAGGAUGGCAGCUGGAGACUCGGGGCAGGACCCCGGAGAGAUGGUGAUCGCUGGCGUUCCACCAGUCCUGAUGGUGGUCCCCGCUCUGCUGGCUGGCGGGAACAUGGGGAACGGAGGCGCAAAUUUGAUUUUGAUUUGCGAGGGGAUCGAGGAGGGUGUGGCGAAGAGGAUGGGCGGGUUGGGGGAGGCAGCUCUCACCUCCGGAGAUGCCGAGGGCUCGAUGGUUUUGAAGAUGACAAGGAUGGGCUCCCUGAGUGGUGCCUGGACGAUGAAGAUGAGGAGAUGGGCACUUUUGAUGCCUCCGGGGCCUUCCUACCUCUCAAGAAGGGCCCCAAGGAACCUAUUCCUGAGGAGCAAGAGCUUGAUUUCCAGGGCCUGGAGGAAGAGGAGGAGGAGCCUUCAGAAGGGGUGGAUGAAGAGGGGCCUGAGGCAGGUGGGAAGGAGGUGACCCCAUUGCCUCCUCCUGAGAAACCUAGCUCCCCAUCUUCACUGCCUGCCUUGGGCCCUCUCUGGACGACGAGCGAGGAUGGCGAUGAGGCAGUGGAGAAAGAACUUCCGCCAGCCGAAGGAGACGAGAUGAGGGGUCUGUCUCUAAGUCCUGCAGUCAGCUCGCCUCCUGGCCCACCUGGAGAUCUAGAAGAUGAAGAAGGCUUGAAGCAUCUGCAGCAGGAGGCAGAGAAGCUGGUGGCCUCCUUGCAGGACAGCUCCUUGGAGGAGGAACAGUUUACGGCCACCAUGCAGACCCAGGGCCUUCGCCACUCCACAGCCGCUACUGCCCUUCCCCUCAGCCAUGGCGCUGCCCGAAAGUGGUUCUACAAGGACCCACAGGGGGAGAUCCAAGGCCCCUUCACAACCCAGGAGAUGGCUGAGUGGUUCCAGGCCGGCUAUUUCUCCAUGUCCCUCCUAGUGAAGAGGGGUUGUGAUGAGGGUUUCCAGCCUCUGGGAGAGGUGAUCAAGAUGUGGGGCCGCGUGCCCUUUGCCCCGGGGCCCUCGCCACCCCCGCUGCUGGGGAACAUGGAUCAGGAGCGGCUGAAGAAGCAGCAGGAGCUGGCCGCGGCGGCCCUGUACCAGCAGCUGCAGCACCAGCACUUUCUGCAGCUGGUCGGCAGCCGCCAGCUUCCGCAGUGCACGACGCUUCGGGAAAAGGCAGCUAUGGGGGACCUGACGCCGCCGCAGCAGCAGCAGCUCACUACAUUCCUGCAGCAGCUCCAGGCUCUCAAAACCCCCAGGGGUGGGGACCAGAACCUGCUGCCGACGAUAAGCCGGUCCUUGUCGGUGCCAGAUUCAGGCCCCCUCUGGGACUUACAUACCUCAGCUUCAUCACAGUCAGGUGGUGAGGCCAGUCUUUGGGACAUACCAAUUAACUCUUCGACUCAGGGUCCAAUUCUAGAACAACUCCAGCUGCAACAUAAAUUUCAAGAGCGCAGAGAAGUGGAGCUCAGGGCGAAGCGGGAGGAAGAGGAGCGAAAACGCCGUGAGGAGAAGCGCCGCCAGCAGCAGCAGCAGGAGGAGCAGAAGCGGCGGCAGGAGGAGGAGGAGCUCUUUCGACGCAAGCAGGUUCGGCAGCAGGAGCUGCUGCUGAAGCUGCUACAGCAGCAGCAGGCAACGAAUGUCCCUGUGCCCCCUGCACCGAGCUCCCCGCCCCCACUCUGGGCUGGCCUGGCCAAGCAGGGCCUGUCCAUGAAGACUCUGCUGGAGCUGCAGAUGGAAAGUGAGCGGCAGCUGCACAAGCAGCCAGCACCCCGGGAUCCUCUGCGGGCCCAGGCCCCCAACCACCGAGUGCAGCUUGGGGGCUUGGGCACUGCCCCUCUGAACCAGUGGGUGUCUGAGGCUGGGCCACUGUGGGGCGGGCCAGACAAGAGUGGGGGCAGCAACAGUGGCAGCCUGGGACUCUGGGAAGACACCCUCAAGAGUGGCGGGAACCUGGCCCGAAGUCUGGGCCUAAAGAACAGUCGGAGCAGCCCGUCUCUCAGUGACUCGUACAGCCACCUGUCAGGUCGCCCUGUUCGCAAAAAGACAGAAGAGGAAGAGAAGUUGCUGAAGCUGCUGCAGGGCAUCCCUCGGCCCCAGGACGGCUUCACCCAGUGGUGUGAGCAGAUGCUACACACCCUGAGCACCACAGGCAGCCUGGAUGUGCCCAUGGCUGUAGCGAUCCUCAAGGAGGUGGAGUCCCCCUAUGAUGUCCAUGAUUAUAUCCGUUCCUGCCUGGGGGACACGCUGGAAGCCAAAGAAUUUGCCAAACAAUUCCUGGAGCGGAGGGCCAAGCAGAAAGCUAGUCAGCAGCGGCAGCAGCAGCAGCAACAGCAGCAGCAGCAGCAGCAGGAGGCCUGGCUGAGCAGCACCUCCCUGCAGACAGCCUUUCAGGCCAACCACAGCACCAAACUGGGCCCUGGGGAGGGCAGCAAGGCCAAGAGGCGGGCGUUGAUGCUCCACUCAGACCCCAGCAUCUUGGGGUACUCCCUGCACGGCCCCUCUGGUGAGAUCGAGAGCGUGGAUGACUACUGACCAGCCUGUCCCACCAGCCCCCUGGGCUUUAGGCUUGGGUGGUGGCAGCGGUGGCAUGGACCCUCGGGUCUCCAGCCUGCAGGCUCCCAACAAGGAGCAGAGGAGGAAGCAAGUGGGGCAGGGUCCCCAGCACUUGUUACAAACCACACGA